UCUACGCAUGACAUCGCCAUCUUCGACAAAUCUCCACCACCCCCAUCAAUCCGCAAUGACCAGAGCCAGAAGCAGAGCCGCCGUCGCACCUCCUCUCUCUCCUCUCCAGAUGCACGCUAACCUCUCACUGCUGUUUCUCUUCUCUCUCUCCUUAUCACUCCAAGAAUCUCUCUCCCACAUCGACCCCCACUUCGGAAACUGCAGCCUCCCCGUCGCCUGCGGCGGCCUGAAAAUCUCCUUCCCGUUCUACGUCCUCGACCGGCAGCCCUCCUACUGCGGCUUCCCGGGCUUCAACCUGUCCUGUGCCCACGACCGCCUGGUCAUCACUCUGUCCGGCGACGACUACGUGGUCCGCGACGUCUUCUACAGGAGCCAGUCUCUCCGCGUCUCCAACGCGGCCCUCUCCGACGACAACUCGACCGCCUCCUCUUACUGCGCGCCUGGCUCUCUCAAGAACCUGACCCUCCCGUCGGCUCAGUUUCAGCUGGGCCAGAACGUCACCGCCACUCUCUCUCUUUUAUACAACUGCAACCUCUCUCCCCGCGCAGACGAGCUUCUGAACUUCAGGAUCAGCUGUUCCGGCGAAGGAGAAGGAGGCGAAAGAGGGGUCGUCUUGGGGAUAUAUGGGGAUGGCGAGGAUCAAGAAGUGAUCGAUGCGACGAAAAAGUGCGGGACUUUGGUGGAGGCGCCGGUGGCAGCCGAGUGGAGAGAGGGGGCGGAGAUAGGCGAGGCGUUGAGGAGCGGGUUCGUGUUGAACUGGAAGGCGAGCAGCUGCAGCGCGUGCGAGAGAAGCGGUGGCAAGUGCGGGUUCGAUCACGAGAGCUACCAUUUCCAGUGUUACUGCCCCGACCGGCCUCAUGCUGCGGUUUGUAGAACUGGAAACAACUAUGCAGCUUUGAAGAUUGGAGUAGGUAGCGGAGUCGGUGCCUUGGCCAGUAUUUUCCUCUGUUCGUGCAUCUAUAUGAUUCACUACAAACGACGGCAUCCCUUCUUAAAACUCCGCUCCAGACAGGCUUCUUCCGGUUCUUCCUUGAAAGCAGAUAUUGAAGUGGGCAAUGUAUUGUUCGAGGUCCCCAUUUUCACCAAUGGCGAGCUUGAAGAAGCUACUAACUAUUUCGAUUCUGCCCGGGAGCUCGGAGAUGGAGGUUAUGGAACUGUGUACCAUGGCAAACUUCGAGAUGGCCGGGAAGUAGCUGUUAAGCGUCUAUACGAGCACAACUAUCGGCGGGUGAAGCAGUUCAUGACUGAAGUCCAAAUCCUAACUCGCUUGCGCCACAAAUACCUCGUCUCUUUGUAUGGCUGCACUUCACAGCACAGCCGUGAACUCCUGCUGGUCUAUGAGUACAUCCCGAACGGCACAGUAGCCGAUCAUCUACAUGGGAAGCGAGCGCAGCAGGACCCUCUCCUGUGGCCUACUCGUAUUAGCAUCGCCAUAGAAACGGCCACCGCAUUGGCUUACCUUCAUGCGUCUGACAUAAUCCACCGGGAUGUGAAGACUAACAACAUCCUUCUUGACAAUAACUUUAGCGUCAAAGUAGCGGAUUUUGGCCUUUCUCGGCUCUUCCCCAAUGACGUGAGUCACGUGUCAACUGCUCCUCAGGGGACUCCAGGUUAUGUGGACCCCGAGUAUCAUCAGUGCUACCAGCUUACGGAGAAGAGCGAUGUCUACAGUUUUGGGGUAGUACUAGUGGAACUCAUAUCGUCCAUGCCGGCGGUUGACAUAAGCCGAGAUAGGCAUGAGAUUAAUUUGGCCAACUUAGCGACUAGCAAGAUACAGAAACAUGCGUUUCACGAACUGAUCGAUCCCAAUCUGGGAUUCGAGUCGGAUCCCGAAAUCAACAGGAUGAUCAUGGCGGUGGCGGAGCUGGCUUUCAGGUGCUUGCAACAGGACAAGGACAUGAGGCCUUCCAUGGAAACUGUCCUGGAGGAGUUGAAGGCGAUUUCGAGUGGGACACAGGAGCCCGACAAGUCGAAGGAUGUGAGCGAUGAUAACAGCAUCGGCCAAAGCAAGAACCCGCCUCCUUCACCGGAAAGCGAAGGUGCGGGGCUGUUGAAGAAUGUGAAGCCGUCGGCUUCCCCUGUUUCGGUGACUCAAAAAUGGGGAAGCAGUGGUAGUUCUACUGUACAGAGUGGUUGACACGUAGUCUUAUCAGUUCUCUCCUGCAAUUUUUCCUUUCUCCAUCUUGGCUUAAAGUUUUCUUGCAUUUCGGUAACGGUUUGCAGCUAAUAUUAUACACAAUGUAGAUGAUAUAGCAGGCGAUCAAGUUUUCCAUUUCUGUCAUCAUUUUUCUGCUUCUACAUGUCAGCACUUCUGCUGAGGCUGCAUGAGGAUUUGAUGUAACUACUACAUAGUACAGAGCAAUUUCCUAGGAGCAUGAAUAAAGGAUUGUACACAUA